UUUUUUGACGACAUUUGUCUUCCAUCUGAUCUUGCUUGUCGUAGUCGUUUGUGCCUCUACAUUCUGCUCGCCCUCACAAUUCACAGUUCACAAUUCAUAAAAAAAAAAAAGAAAAAGAACCCAAGAUUAUCUUCUAGGAAUCCAACAUUCACCUUCAUCCAUGAUUUUACUCUAAUCAAACUCCCUCAAUUUUUUUCUGUAAAACAAUAAAUUGGAUUUAUUUUUGGUCGGUUGGUGUUCUUUCCCAUCCCCAUUCGCAAAGACCCAAAAUUUCCCCCCGAAAUGUUUCUGUUAUUGUUAAUUUAGGUGUAGCUUCUCGUCUCUCAAUCCCAUUGAUUUUAUACCUUCAUUCCCACAAAAGUUUCCUUUACAAGAUCGAUCUUUCUUAUUGUGUUUUGGGUUUCAGUCAUUCGUCAUGGCUGCUGCUGUUCUAAGAUCAAAAUCAUCCAGAGCCACAGCUUCUUUAUCAUCGCUCUCACACUUGAGAAACUGUUUGCUAACGCACGAUCUUCACACUGGUCCUCUUCCUAAUUUCCAUCUCACUUGUUCGAGGCCCGCAACAACCAAAUUAGAUGAAUACCAAUCGUAUAAACCCUUUUUGGUCUCAGGAGAAUCUGUUGAUAAGGGUUAUGGAUUUUUAAAGAGUAAUAGUAAGUGGAGAUUAAGUAAUAUGUAUGGUGGUAGUAUUGGCGGUGGCGGUGGUUUUGGAGAGCCGCCUGAGGUCUGGCAACCUCAUGGAGAUGGUGGUAAGAUUGUUCCAUUGUCCGGUGCGGGUAACCCAACAACCGACGGGUUCGGGUCAGGUUCUGGAGAUGGGAAUUGGGGAGGGUCUAAUUUGGGUAACAGUUUCCCAACUCCAAAGGAGAUCUGUAAAGGACUUGACAAGUUUGUUAUUGGUCAAGAAAGAGCUAAAAAGGUGCUGUCAGUGGCAGUUUACAAUCACUACAAGAGGAUUUUUAUGGACAGUUCACAAAAUUAGGCCUGCAGGAAAUUCAAGAAAUGACAAGGGGAAUGGUGUGGAUGGUGAAACAGUAGAACUUGAGAAAAGUAAUAUUCUUGUAAUGGGCCCAACUGGUUCAGGGAAGACACUGCUUGCAAAAACAUUGGCACGCUUAGUGAACGUUCCCUUUGUUAUUGCAGAUGCUACUACACUUACUCAGGCUGGUUAUGUUGGGGAAGAUGUGGAAUCUAUUCUAUACAAGCUUCUCACAGUUGCUGAUUAUAAUGUAGCAGCUGCUCAGCAGGGCAUUGUGUAUAUAGAUGAAGUUGACAAAAUUACAAAGAAGGCUGAGAGUCUUAACAUUAGCAGAGAUGUCUCGGGUGAGGGUGUGCAGCAGGCAUUACUGAAGAUGCUGGAAGGGACUGUUGUCAAUGUCCCUGAGAAGGGUGCACGGAAACAUCCUAGAGGAGACAACAUUCAGAUUGAUACGAAAGAUAUUCUGUUCAUAUGUGGGGGUGCAUUUAUAGAUCUUGAGAAAACCAUUUCUGAAAGACGGCAAGACUCUUCCAUUGGUUUUGGGGCACCUGUCCGUGCAAACAUGAGAACCGCAGGCGUUACAACUGCUGCAGUCACUUCAUCUUUGUUGGAAACUGUUGAAAGUAGUGAUCUCAUUGCUUACGGAUUGAUUCCUGAAUUUGUUGGACGCUUUCCGAUUCUUGUCAACUUAUUAGCUCUUACAGAGAAUCAACUUGUCCAGGUGCUAACUGAGCCAAAGAAUGCGUUGGGGAAGCAAUACAAGAAAUUAUUUCAGAUGAACGGAGUUAAGCUUCAUUAUACAGAAAGUGCAUUGAGACUAAUUGCAAAAAAAGCCAUAACCAAAAACACUGGUGCUCGGGGUUUAAGGUCCUUGUUAGAGAACAUUUUGAUGGAUGCCAUGUACGAGAUUCCUGAUGUAAGAACAGGAAAGGACAUAAUAGAUGCAGUUGUUGUUGAUGAGGAGGCUGUGGGAGUCCAAGGCCAGGGUUGUGGGGCCAAAAUCUUGUAUGGUGAAGGGGCACUGGAACAUUAUCUAUCACAGCAUGAUAAUAAUAAUAAUAAUAAAGAUUUAGAGGCGGAUGGAGAAGCUGAACUGCCAUCCAUUGCUGCAUUGUAAAUUGUGUUCUUCAUUGAUAUUUGAUAGUAGCCUCACAUGUGUUAUGUGUACUGUACAGCAUAAUAAUAGAUUAUAUAAAGUUGUAAUAACAACCAGUUCUGCAGCAAAA